CCCUGCUUCCGUGACCUCCCCUUUAAAUUCCCUUGCGAAGGUGAACCCUAAUCGCACCGCUACGCGUUCUGCUGUCGCUCUUCGCACUCUCGAUCAUUUCUCUCCCUCUCGUCAGCUCCCUCCAGCGCCAUGGAGUUUUGGGGUUUGGAAGUUCAGCCUGGCAAUUCUGUGAAGGUCAAUCCUGGCGAGAACAAAUACUUGCAUCUUUCACAGGUAUCUCUAGGAGAGGUAAAGAAGGAGAAAGCCACAGAGGGUGUAUCAGUAUUUGUAAAAAUUGAUGACAAAAAGCUGGUGCUAGGAACUCUAUCUGCUGAUAAGUGUAAUCAAAUUCAGCAUGAUUUGGUGUUUGAGAAAGAAUUUGAGCUAUUUCAUGGUUCAAAGAAUACAAGUGUCUACUUUUUGGGCUAUAAGACUGCAGCGUUUGACGAGAAUGAUGCUAUCUCUGAUUCAUCAGAUGGUGAAUCUGAAUCUGACAAGGAGAUUCCAUUGGCUGUGCCCAUCAAUGGUAAGCCGGAGGUGAAACCAAAUGAUAAAGCAGCAAAACCAAAUACUCAAAAGCCAGAAACUUCUGCUGGUAAGUCAAAGGUUAAAGUAGAGGAACUUAAAAAAGAUGAUAAACCAAAGGCUGAGGAUGAUGAAGAUGAUGAUGAUUCUGAAGAUGAUUCUGAGGAGGAUGAAUCUGAUGAGGAAAUGAUUGAUGGAGAGGAUGACAGUGAUGAUGAGGAUGAGAGUUCAGACGAAGAAGAAGAUGCUGCCCCGAAGAAGGCUGAAGCCAGUAAGAAAAGGCUUGCUGAUUCGGCUUCCAAAACACCUGUUCCAGAGAAGAAAGCAAAGUUGGUUUCUCCAGGUGGAAAUCAGAAAACAGGAGCUGAUGGAAAGAAAGUUGUGCAUGUUGCAACUCCUUAUCCUGCUAAACAAGGUAAGACUCCUGCAAAUAGUGGCGACAAGUCCAAGCAGCAAGCACCCAAAUCUACUGGACCCGUCGCCUGCAAAUCAUGCAGCAAAACCUUCAACUCCGAGAACGCCUUGCAAUCGCACACCAAAGCUAAGCACAGCACUGGAAAGUGAGAGAUGGAUCCCAAGGGCAAUGCGAGUUUUGUUUCUUUUGUAUUUUUCACAUUGUCUGUGAAAUCUACUUCUAGACUUUUACUAUGUCGUAGUACGAACGGUAGUUCAAUUUUAAGCAAUGCUCGUGUAGUUUGAAGUUUA